CAGUUGGGGGCGGUAAUGCAAUAUAUUGGAUGCCAACCACCGUUAAACUCUACCAAAGAAGAAGAAACCCAUUUCCCAAGCCCACAAAACGCGCGAAAGUUCACUCAUUACACAAGAUCAAUAACAGCAAUGGCUUCCCUUACUAAAGCAGGUCGUGUUUUGAAGCGCAAGGUGGAGACCGAGGAGUCGUCCGUGGAGGGGAAGAGGGGUAAAGGAGAGGACGACCACCCGGAGAUUGUCACAGAAGGCCAGAGGGUGGUCAUUGAACACUGUAAAAGCUGACGAGUGUAUGGGCGUAAUGCCGAGGGGGUCAGAGUUGCCCUCCUGGCUGCCUGUCCAGACCUCACUGUGGUGCUGAACCCCCAGAAGCCCCGGAGUAAAAGUUUUGAAGUGAUUCUGUUUGAAGGAGAGAAAGAGGUUUGUCUGUGGUCAGGGAUAAAGAAAGGCCCACCUCGCAAGCUGAAGUUUCCUGAGCCAGAGGUUGUAGUUUCUGCCCUGGAGAAGGCGCUAAAGACUGAAUAGACACCUUUGAUGAAGCCAGUCAUCUGGGGUUUGUAGCAGCUGGACGCAGAAUGAUGAGGACUGACCAAACCGGGUUGCACCCCAGUCCUUCCUCUGAUGACCCCAGCGUCAAGCUCCUCUGGCCUGGAUACACAGCGACAUCUAAUGGUGUCUCUCACAGUCCCUCUUUUUACAAUAUUGCUGCUUUUACUGUUCUCUUCUUGUUCAUAUUAUCCAGUAAGGCUGUAAAAUCUUUCACCUGCUUUUGUAUGUCUAUGAAGAAUAAAGAUUGUUUCUACAUUUC